AUGGAGGUGGAAUCCUCUGACAAUAUCAGUAAGAAGGGGAUUAAGAAGAAAGCAAAGAAGAGAAGGCGUAACGUUAAGAAGGAAGACGAGGAAUAUGUCGAGAAUGUUCGAGAAGCAAGAAAACUUAAGGCAAAAUUUUCAUCUUCGAAGAGAAAAGCAAAGGAUGACGAUAUGGCAUUUUUGAAGGUUAAUGGCUCUGGUAGCUGCACACCCAAAAUAAGAAACUCUGAAACCCAUAAUAAUCUUAUUAAAAGAGCAGAGGAGGCGCAGAUCAAUCGAAUUUUUCAGGUAGAUAUCCGGCCAGAAGCACUGCAAACUCUAUGGAUGUGUGCACUUUGUCAUCAAAGAUCUGCUCAAGAUGAUCUUGGUGACCUUUUUGGUCCUUACUAUGUGAACAUGCGACCUGAAGGGCAGUGGCCAAGUUUCCUCUUCAAAAAGUCGUUAAAGGCAUCACCCCACGAAUCUGAGGUGGUGCAGAUUUCAGGUGAAGUAUUCUUAUAA